AAUGAUAAAAUCUCUAGAAGCUUCCGACAUUCACAGCCUUUGCUCAGGUCAAGUUGUAUCAUCAAUUGCUUCCUUGGUUAAAGAGUUGCUAGAAAAUAGCGUCGAUGCAAAAGGUAAACGCCACUGUGAUCGAAGUGAAAGUGAAAGACUGUGGUCUGUCGAUGGUUUACGUGGGGGACAAUGGAAAGGGUAUUGAGGAAAAAGAUUUCGAGUUGAUUACUGCUAGUCACGCUACUUCUAAGAUACAAUGCUUCAAAGACAUCGAGGCCGUUGACACUUUUGGGUUCCGUGGCGAGGCUCUAAGCGCCCUUUGUGUAUUGAGUGACCUGACAAUAACUACAAGACAUGCUACAAGUGAAAUUGGUCACAGACUUACCUACAAUUCUACUGGACAAAUAAUAAAAACUAGCAGGCUGCCAAUGGAAAUUGGAACUUCAGUGCAAGCUCAGAAUAUUUUUGCGCGAUUUCCAGUCAGAAGCAAAGAUUUGAAAAAGAACAUCAAAAAAGAGUAUGCGAAGUUUGUUCACACACUUCAAGCAUUUGCGAUUGGAUUCCCAAACAUUAAGUUUACAUGCAUGAAUGAAAACGAAGGUAGGCCAAAACAGUUGGUAUUGAGCACAAACGGAGACGCAAAUUCAAGUCUCAAGAUGUCAAUAGUUUCAAUAUUUGGACCUAAACAAUGGGAUGCACUACUUGAGUGGAAGACCCAACGAAUAGCGGAAGAAGAGUUUGCUCAGUUUGGCAUUGCGAAUUCAGCUCAAAUGGACGAAGUUUUCAACUUGGUCGAAAUAAGAGGAGUCAUUUCUUCACCAGCACAUGGCUGUGGUCGAAGUACGCAAGACAGGCAGCUUUUCUUCCUUAACAAACGUUCCUGUGAGCAGCCUAAAAUAGCCAAGAUUUUAAACGAAGUUUAUCAUCAGUUCAAUACAGCACAAUAUCCCUUUGUCUGCUUGUUUGUCAACAUCGCCCAAGGCAAUUUCGAUGUGAAUGUAACUCCUGACAAAAGAAAUAUUUUUCUAAAGAAUGAGAAAACGCUGCUAGCACUCAUCAAAUUCAGUGCUCUUCAGUUGUUCAAAGCAAACGCGGGUAAUUUUGUCGCUAAUCAAAUUUCAAUGAAGUUUCAAACUUCGAAAGGUCAAACCAUGUUUAACAGCCAGCCAACAACUCUGAGCGAUACGCUGCGAACGCCUCUUACAGAUUCACAGAAUACAUUGAAUAAUUUUGUUACAAUGUUUUCGAGCCAGCCGAAAUCUUCUCAAAAUAUGCCUACAAAAUAUGCCUAUGCGUUUGAGAUAGAGGAAAAUUUGCCCUUUUCACAGUCUCAAAAGUUAAAUUCUGAGAAACGAGGCUUUAAUGCUUUUGCAAGUUCUCCUGAAAAAAUUACAUCCUGGUCUAAAAAACUGAAAAUAGAGCAAAUGAGUGACAAUAUAGACAAUGAAAGUUCAGGUUUCUUGAUAAAUCACCGAGAAAACUGUUUGCAUACAGAUGGAAAUUUGCCACACGAAGUUGAAAUUGUUGUUGAUGAUCAAAUUGACCGACGAUCUCAAAAUUCAAGUCAAAAUAACACUUUUGAUUUUGAUCAAGAGUUUCCUAAUAAAAUUCCCUUUCAUUUACUUUCUAUUCGAAAAGAGACAAGCUUUUCAUCUCUUGAGAAUUUUUACAGCAAUUUUUUUGAAAGUGACAAAAAUGAAACAGCAGAAUCAAUUCAACGGAAGUUUGUUUCAAAAUUGGAUGAUAAAAAUGCUGAAAAUGAAUUACGAAGUGUUUUGUCGAAACAGUCUUUUUCGCAAAUGCAGGUAAUAGGGCAGUUUAAUUUAGGUUUCAUAAUCGCACAACUAGGUUCGGAUUUGUUUAUUAUCGACCAACACGCUUCUGACGAAAAGUACAAUUUCGAACAGUUAGAGAGAUACUCAAAUGUUCCAACGCAAACAUUGAUUUCUCCUAUGAGUAUGGAACUUUCUCAUGAGUCUUUUAGUUUACUGACGGAAAAUAUGGACAUCUUGCGGAAAAAUGGGUUCAAUUUUGAGGCUGAAAAUGAUUGCAAGAAUGAAGCGACUGCAAUAGCUCCAAUGGGAUCGAGUUUGAAAGUAGUUAAAAUUGUUACCACACCGAUGAGUAGAAAUUGGUCGUUCGGAAUUCGAGAUAUCGAAGAAAUUUUGUAUUUGCUAAGCGAAACGCAUGAAGGAAACUUAGCCGAUAGAAAGUUUAUCAGACCAUCACGAAUCAGACAAAUGUUUGCGUCAAGAGCGUGCAGGAAAUCAAUUAUGAUUGGACAGCCAUUGAAGGAGAGUGAAAUGAGGGCUAUUUUAAUGAACUUGUCGAAAAUGGACCACCCAUGGAAUUGUCCUCACGGGAGACCCACCAUGCGACAUCUUGUUGAUCUGAAUUUAUACCAUUUUGAGUAACGCUUGUUUGGAAAUCAACUUAGCAGCAUAGUUUUUUGCCUUGUUUGAUUUGUUCGAUUUUUGUUUUAGUUGUUUGUGAUUGCUCAAAAAGAUGGAAAUAACUUUGAAUGAUAAUUAUACCGGAUAUUUGAGCUCUUCUUGCUUUUAACGUUGAUUUGAUUAGAAAUUAGUUGGUUGCACGUGUUUGGUAAUUCAUUUUUGAAUUUUU